AUGCCAAAAGAUGAUAAUAAUGAAGAAAUCGAUGAUAAUUCUAUUCUUUGUAAAAGGAAAAAUCCACUUUUGUUUCUUGAGAAUGUUCUACCAGUGGAAAAAUGUGAAGAUGUUCCAUCUAAUUAUAUUCCUGUCCACUUAUGCAUGAAGACAAAGAUUGUCUAUAACACCACUAUACCAACUCACGGUGAUCACCGACCACUAUGGCCUGUGUACGGGGAUUAUCAGUAUGUUCCACCCCAGCGAUGGCUGCAUACUGUAGAGCAUGGAGGGGUGGUGAUGCUCUACCACCCCUGUACUCACCCCAUAAUUGUUAAACAGCUGAAAUCUCUGGUCACAAGAUGUAUCCGUAAACAUGUCAUUACCCCACACAGAUUGUUACCCUUGGAGAGGCCCUUGGCCCUGGUAGCAUGGGGAUGUAAACUUCUGAUGAAUCAUGUUGAAAAGAGCACUGUAGUGAACUUUAUAAAGACUCGAGCACUACAUGGCCCAGAAGGUAAUUAUACUAAGGAAGGUCAGUAUUCUCUGGGACUUAUAGACAAAGCCGAACCUCCUCUAGGUUCUGAUGAAAAGGACUCUCACCUUUGCCCUGGAUGGUAGAGGCUGCCUUACUAGCAAACAAGCUUGUAAAUGUUCCAAAUGGUCCACAUAAAAGUGUAGUUGUUUCUAAUGUAAAAACCUCAACAGAAAAAGAGAGUUUUAUCCAGGGUCAAUUUAAAGUUAAAAUAUGUUUGGUAUGCAAAAAUGGUCACUAACUUUUUUUUUUAUACAAAUGAAAUCAGAAGUCUGUUUUUGUUAAGUUACUUGAAUAUUAUGGAGCAAGAACCUGAUGAAAUGAAUUAUGUGUGGCAAACAAAUAUUACUAACAUUUGUGUUGUGGUGCCAAAACAUCCUAGGAACCUUUAACUUCUACUUUGUCCAAAUUAGUUCAGUAGAUUUUAUACAGAUGAUAACAUGAAAUUAGUAUUUUUGAACUUUGGUUAGUAUUUCAUAGUUUUGCACAGAACUUGUCAAAAUUCGUUAGGAGGGGGCAGAAAAAAUUAACACUCUUAUGUCAGUAGGAGUCACAAUGUAGAAAGUUUAGAAAUCUUAAAAGACUAUAUCUCAGAUGGAGGGCAGAGCUCUCCAUUGGGGGGUGGGGGAACAUGCCCCCUGAUCUUAUAUGAUGUUUUGCUUAGAAUCUGAAGUCUGUAGGUUUUAUUAACAUUUAGACUUAUAAAUCUGUGUGAUGCUGGUUGUAACACCAUAAAAAAUUUAAAGAUGUAAGCUUUAAUACCAAUUUAAGCUAAAUAAUAUAGGUUUCUGUAACAUUCUGAGAUAGUUUAUAGAAGUGUUAUACUGAAAUCUUUUGAAAUGACUUACAAAAUAAUAAACUUACAAGUGCAUUAGGGUAUUAUUUAAAGUGUUUGGGGCUAGGUAAGUUCUUUUUAUUGGUAAUGAAGAGUUUAGAUUUUAACCAGGAUAAGAAAUAUUUCUAGUGCUGUUGUGAAAAUAAUUUCAAUGCUCUUUUUUUUAGUUCAACAUAUAAUUCCUGUUGAUUAGAUACUAAAGGUUUUUCACACACAGUUUUUGUUUAGUGGUCACUAGUUAAUGGUUCAGGGUAGAAGCCACUAAAAACAAUUUUAACUAGUUCAUUUGGAAAAUUUGAUUUGCCUUUAAGAAAUCAAAAGCUAGGAGGUUUUUUUUUAUUCUGGAUGAAACCAUGCUUAUCUGUUGUGAUCCAAGAAAAUAUUGAAACUUGUUUUCUUAACUGUUCUUGUUCGUAAACAAAUGUGCUGUUUAUUUUAUUGGAUUUGUAAUACUGUUCAAGUUUUAUUUAUGCCUUUUUAUGUUGAUUGUAUGAAUUUCUUUAACAUGAUACUAUCUAUGUUACUAUAGUUAAAUAAGUGUGGAUUGAAAUGCUGAUUCUUACCAGUCAAAGUAGCAUAUACUUAAAAAAAAAAAGGACUAUUUGGUCACAAAAGCCGUACUAUUUAGUGACAAAAAGCCGUACUAU